AUCCUCAAAAACAAAAAAUGGAAAGACACAUGCCUUCUUACACUAUGAUCAUCUUCUUCUUCGCAACUAUUAUGUUAUGUUUCCUGACGGUAAACCCUGAAAUAAUCGAUGAAUCUCCAUUAGUCCCUGAAAUCUUAAAAUUCAUAGACGAAAGAAUCGCCUUCGUCUUCCCAAUCAUCCAAACCUUCAAGAACACAAUAACCUCGGAUCCACUUGGUGUGACCGAAACCUGGGUUGGUCCCAACGUUUGCAACUACACAGGUUUCUACUGCGGCCACCCUCCUGACAACCUCACCGCCUUCACCGUCGCCUCCAUCGACUUCAAUGGCUUCCAGCUGGCGGCCCCGAGCCUUGAGGGUUUCAUCGAUAAGCUGCCGGACUUGGCUCUGUUCCAUGCCAACUCCAACAACUUCUCAGGGACCAUACCGCCCACAAUAUCCAAGUUGAAGUUUCUGUAUGAGCUUGAUGUGAGUAAUAACUUGCUUGCUGGGACGUUUCCUGUGGCGGUUCUGGACUUACCCGACCUGUCUUUCUUGGAUAUUCGAUUCAAUUUCUUCUCCGGCGAGGUUCCGCCGGAGAUUUUCAUGCAGCGGUUGGACGUGUUUUUCGUCAACGACAACAAUUUCGUGCAGAGGCUUCCCGGUAACUUGGGAGACACGUCGGUGCUGUAUCUCACUUUAGCUAAUAACAAAUUCACCGGACCCAUUCCCCGGAGCAUCGGAAGAGCCUCGGAAACAUUGUUGGAGAUCUUAUUCCUCAACAACCAGUUAACAGGUUGUCUUCCUUACGAAAUAGGGUUUUUAACAAAGCUGAGACUCCUGGAUGCCGGAAACAACCACUUGACGGGGCCGUUGCCGUGCUCGCUGGGGUGUUUGGAGGCGGUGGAGCAACUGAACCUGGCCGGAAACUUGCUCUACGGACAAAUACCGGAAGCGGUGUGUGCGUUGGGGAAUCUGGCGAACCUGUCCUUAUCGGACAAUUACUUCACAGGAGUAGGACCAUUGUGCAGAAAGCUGAUAAAAAGAGGAGUACUUGACGUGAGGAAGAACUGCAUUUACGGAUAUGGGGUUGCCGAUCAGAGACCCACAAAAGAGUGCUUUCGAUUCUACAUGCACCCGAGGGCUUGUUUCAAUCUGGCGUCGUUUAAUUUCAUGCCUUGUAAGGUUCCUCCAUGGAGGCAUACAAGGGAUGGCCGUACCCCUAACAGACAUUUACUGUCCUACUCCGCUCUUUCCAGAGCGAGAAAUGUAAACAGGAUAACACAAAUGUAAUUGCAGCAAGAUUGAAAAAGUUGAAGAAUAUUUAGUCAUGAACCCAAAAAGGAUAUAGG